UCAACUGAGUAACCCAAAGACAGACAGUGCACAAGCUCCACACAGGCUUAACAUCGCCAGAGAGAGAUAUAGUAUAUUUAAGCGACUGGUCAUGGCUGGGGGGAGACCUAUUCACCUGUUGGAGAGAAUUUGGAUAGUAUUUCUUGCGCAAGUGUUGUGUGUGAGGGGGAGUAAACAGUGGGAGGUGCCUACCGCCCCCCUCACACCCCACACCAACCUCAGUAUGAGGCUGCUUUGGGAGCCACAUUGCCAGGCUCAGCUAUGCCAUCUACAGAACGAGAAACGUAUCACAGUCACCAUACCACCCAAGCUCGAGGGCCACUGGGUUUCAAGCAGGUGUGAGGUACGACCCGGUCCAGAAUUCCUCACUCGAUCCUACACGUUUUACCAAAGCCCCACACAUCUCUUCAGAGCUCUCCAACACUACUAUUCUGACAGUAAGUGCCACAUCCCUGCCUACUCCCUGGUGAUCAGGGGUAAAUUACGGCUACGCCAGGCAUCGUGGAUUACCCGUGGGGCAACAGAAGCAGAGCACCACCUCCAUAAAGUAGGGAUGGUUGUUCACAGUCAGAAGGCCAUCCAUAACCUUGCUACCAGCCUGCCUUCCUACUGUCUGGGGCUUAAGACUGGUGGACACAUUGUGCUUCAUCGUUUUUAUGAACUCUUCAAUGCCAAAGCAGAGAAAGACUGUCUGGGUACUCUUGGGUUCUCCAUGAUGGAACUGGAGUUGCUGAGGGUGGAGACCCACCACCAUCCUCAUAGCAGUCCAGCACACAAGCUCUUCUUAGGGGAUGUGCACACAGACUGGAAUGAAAGGUUGCAUCAUAGGCCGACAGGCUACCAAGAGCCCCUGCAGAAUGCAUUGCACCACAUCCACCCAUGCCCAGUAUGCGGCCUGGUAUAUCGCGCCUCUGAACAGCAUCCACCCAUUCUCCCCUCAUCCUGGUCCAUACCUCUGGACCUCAAUGGUCGAUGGUUGAGUCAACGCUGCGAGACCCGUCCAGCUAUUCUCUUCCUUACCCGCCUUUUUGUCUUCAAUGAGGACCAACACACUUGGGAGGGCACUUACCAGCAUUACUCCGACCCAAUGUGCUGUCAACCCAGUUUUACACUGUUGGCAUCAGGGCAUUAUGCCAAAGCAGGACAGUCCGUUAAAGUGCAUGGAGCCACCGAGCUAGUCUUCAAGGUGACGCGGGCAAAGGUGGUAGUAUUCGAUCGAGUGCUGUUAGGGGAAUUGAAUUCGUUGGAAAAUGGAAGUUGUGGGGAUGUUGGACGGUGGAAAUUGGGUGCAGAGCAAGACAUAACUUGGACGAAUGGUUGUGACGGGCUCGGGAUUCGACUUCCGCACAAAGAGUAUGAGUUGUUUAAGAUGGAGACAGAUCACAGAGGGCGCCCCCUGUUGUUCAUCGGGGAAAGGCCAACGGAUGGAUCCAGCCCAGAUCGACCUGCAAAAAGGCCUACAUCUUUUCAGACACCAUUGAUGCAAUGCAACAAAGGGAUUGGGUUGGCACCACGCUACAGUUCCUACAGUAAUCACUCAACAGGACCAAAGGCAAGCUCGGCCAAUACACUGUAUUCUUCAUUGAUUCUGCUGUUCAUUUGCACACAUAUGGUGAUUGAUGACUGAUCAAGUAAUUUCAGCAAAAUAUGAUGGGCUAAAGUGCUACUUACAUACACUGUUUGAAUACACUGGUCCAUUUAUGAUGGGCAUCUGGUGCAUUGGAGCGAGAUCGUUCAAUUUGGUGCUAUAACAAAGUGCUUGCUUAAAUAUCUCUGACAUGUCACUUUUUUAUCUAUAAAGUUUUUCAUAAAGCAAAUUGUACAUAGAAUCCUCUUUCUAAUCAUUUAGUAUAUCCACGUAAAAUGUUAUUGUCUGGAGUAUUGUUUGGUAUUUUGAUUAGCAAAGGAAUGCUACAUAGAUACCUUUCAGAGACAUUAUGAGGAGGAGGACACGGACCACUAGUAGAAAAAUGGAUUUGAGAAAUCGUAAUUCUCAAUAUGAAGGCUGUAGAAUGGAAUGGAAGUCCGGCCAAUCAGUUAAAGGAGCAAAUCGCCUUUUUGAUAGAGUGUUUAUUCUUUAACAAGCAUUAACUGGACAGCCUGAAAUAUAUAUUUUUUGUUGUUGCAUGAUUUGAGUUAAAGAUGUAUGAUACCAUUGUUGUCAGAUUUUUUUGAUGAUUUUAAAUAUGCUAUUGAACGCAAUCUUGGUUUGGAAAUUCAGGUCUUCCACAUUCAAGUAGAAUGGAGCUGUACUUGUAUGCCAAUAACCUACAUAGAAUAUAGCUGCUCUGAUGCCUAACUAAGAUGGCUCCGAGUGGACUGAUUUGCUUAAAGUCACUUUGUAUCGAUUCACAGCCAAUUCAAGCCCUUACCUUUCUGUCGAAAAAUCUUCACCAACAUUCCAGAAGAUAACAAAACAUUUUUGAGGAAACAAUUUGAGGAAAGCCCAAAUGCUUAUGGUUGUUUGAAUGGAAGUUCAUAUAUGGACUACAUUCAGGUUGAUGCAGCUCUCAAGAAUUACGACAUUUUCAAGGCUGUCUUCAAGGCAAGGCAACAUUGCUCAUGUUUGCAAUCUAAGCAAACUCAUGUAGAUGUUAUUUUCUAAUAAUGGUGAGGGUGCCUUGAACAUAUUUAUU